AAUUGUAGUCCAGUCGCACGCGUUCCGUUUCACUGUGAGCAGUUGUUUCUGUUGGAGACUUGAGCGUUGUUUGUCGUCGGGAUGGCGGAGGGGAGCACCAGCGCGGUUCAUCUGCCUCCCGGAGACCCGAAGCUCAUAGGCCUCAUCGUGGAGCACCUGAAGAACCGGGGCCUCUUCGACGAGUUCCGCCGGGACUGCCUGGCAGACGUGGACACCAAGCCAGCCUAUCAGAACUUGCGGCAGAAGGUGGACAACUUCGUGUCGAACCACCUGAGCAGCCAGGAGUGGAGUCCCGACAUCAACAAGAACCAGAUGCGCAACGGGCUGCGGCAGAGCGUCGUGCAGUCAGGCAUGCUGGAGUCUGGGGUGGACAGAAUCAUCACUCAGGUGGUGGAUCCCAAGCUCAACCACACCUUCAGGCCCCACAUAGAGAACGCCAUUCAUGAGUUUCUGGCCACUGAAAAGAAGGAAGAGGGAGGGUCAAACACAAACGCCGAGGUGGAGCAGCAAGAUGGUUCCAGCUCAGGGCCAAAAACACCGUGACGCUCAGCUCUCAAAAUGGACUAAAAAGGGGGCCUUUUCUAUGUUACGUGUUGGGGUCUUUACAGUGGAGCCAAAUGAGUACAGUUAAUGUUUACAUCAGGGGUACAAAAUGAAGCCCAUUAUUUUCACUUAAGGGCUAAAGGAUGUUUAAAAAAAAAAAAAAAAAAAAGCUUUUAAA